AUGUCCGACAAACCAGACAUGGCUGAGGUCGAGAAAUUCGACAAGUCCAAACUGAAGAAGACAGAAACGCAGGAGAAAAACCCACUGCCCUCAAAAGAAACGAUCGAGCAAGAAAAGAAAGCCUGCGACUCCUAG